AGCUACAAAAGCAUUUAUCAUCAAUACUAUUCUUGAGACUUAAAGAAGUGAGCUUUGUGGCUGCUUUUGUUAUUCUGCUUUGGUGCUUUGGAGAAUCUUAUACUCUUAGCACAAGUUUCUUUACUAUACUGUGUUACUUUUUCAGUAUUUCAGGGAAAGAACAAGUCCAAAGACUCAAGAAGGAAUCAUCUAUUAAAAUUCACUACCAUGGUUGGUAUUUUCUCCAGAUUUUCUGUUGGUAGAAGUGGCCAUAGAAGAACACAAAGUGCCAUCGAUAUGAGGGAAGCAUUGCCUCAAAGUAUUACUGAACUUGUUGGUUCAACUCAUGGGAUCGAAGUAGCAACAGAGUUUAAACCAGUGGAACACCCUAUCGAGCCCUUGGACAAUGAUCAACCUAUCCAAUGCCCACUCCCGGAGCCAUCCAUUCUCAAUGAUGGGAGAAUAUGGAAAGAGAGAGUGUCGGCGUCCAUGAGGAGACGAGGGGACUUGGCGAUUGCUCAAGAUGGAACGGAUGUAGUAGAAUCUGUGGGAACUAGCUGUGGUGGUCCUACAGAACCUGAUGGCUCAAUGGAAAAACUAUCAGUGACUAGCCAAUGCAAUCCCAAGCGUCGAUUCUUGCCUUCGCUCAGUGCACCAGAACGACACAUGCUUAAUAUACUAGAAGAAUGCAAAGCAUCCGGUAAUAUCUAAGAACCAAUGCUGGUCUACGCGCGCUCUUUUUUAAUUCUGUGUAAGAAACAAAACCAAAUCAUAUUGAAUGUUAACAUUGUAACUUGCAUCACAAGCCACACAAGUUUCCUUCAGUUCCAAAUUACCUUAUCUGUGUUAAGAAAAAAGAUUAAGUA